AUGGGUAUCCGAGGCUUGUGGACGUAUAUUCAAAGUAACAGUGACAACUUAUCCCGGUAUGAAUUGCAUAACCAACCUUUAGUUAUUGAUGCCGAGAACUUUGCUGCUUCCUGUUAUCGUCAAGCUGCUUUUCGAUGUGAAUAUGGUGGAGAGUAUUUGGCAUUUAAAGGAUAUGUGCAUUCAUUCUUAAAACAGUUUACUAUCUGUCGUGUGGAACCAAUUUUCAUUUUCGGUGGAUGUCAUCCCAAGCAGGGAUCAAAACUGGAUACAUUGUUAAAGCGGAACAUGGAAUACUUUGACAAACUGUCAUCAGCUCUUAAAUUUGAGUCAACAUAUAGCGAAAAGUUGAACAUCGAUAUAACUCCACGACUUUGCAGAAAUGUUCUUGUGGAAAUUCUGAAGGAAUCUUCAGUUUCAUACAUAGCAUGUGAACGUGAAGCCGAUAUCAAUGUAGCAGAACUAGCUAUUUAUCUCCGUUGUCCUGUUACCAGUGGGGAUUCUGAUUUUUUUAUUUAUCGACCAAAUGAUCAUAAUCAAGUCUACAGUUUUAUUCCAUUUUCAUCUAUUUCACUUGAUUGUAAGGAGAGAUCCCCUCCUUGUUCUAUUUGUCAACUUGAUGGUGCUCCAUGUUAUUUUAUAUCGUGUACAAUUCUUAAUAAUUCAGGACCGUUUUAUAAACUCAAGUAUCCUAUGUUACCACUAUUUGCCAUCCUCGUUGGUAAUGACAUGAUAUCAAAUAUUCGCCUUCCAACUGUCAUCGAUUCACUAAUGUGCACUUCUGUUUUGCAGGGUAGGUCCCACUAUCAAAGACGUAUCGACGCUAUAUUUAACUGGCUGUUACGUUUCCAUGAUAUAGAACAACCAUUGUCAUCAAUUCUGUCACUUUACAGCCGAGAGGAAAGGGAUGGUAUUGAGAAGGAAAUCCGUUUGGGGAUUUCUGAUUAUCUUCUGAGUAGUUCAGGCGAAAAGCUGGCUCAUGAAUUAGGUUUUUCAACUGAACAUCGUGUCUUUUCAAGCGUCAGAUCGUCAAGCAAGCUGGAAAAUUCGAACAUUCAGGACCCCAAAACUUCUUGUGGUUCUUACUGUGAAGAUCUUUCCAAACUUUCUAAACUUAAAUUGGAUGAUAAUAAAGAUGAUGAUAAUGAUGAUAAAGACAGUAUAUUUUACCGUUGGCCGAAAGAGUUGAUUAAGCGAUUUAAAUUUUUGGAAUUAAUCCCAACUCUAAUGGACUGCAUGUAUGUACGAAAUGGCGUUAUUAAUCGUCUAGUAAUGGAGGACAUAAAUAUUCCUAAUUCACUUGAUGAAUGUAUGUCGAAGAUGAGAAGUAUUUUAAAUGGACUCAUACUUGGCCUUGAAAAUCACUUAGGCACCAAUGGGAAGUUAUGUGGAAUGGAGAAUGAGUGUAUCACUGAGUAUAGAAGAAGUUCGUAUGGUCAUUUGACUAAGACAUUGAUUUCAGUGAAGCUUCUGAAACCCCGUUAUGCUAAAACACCAGAAUUUUCAUUCUUAUCUUUUUUCUCGGAAUUCUUGAAUGUGAAUUUGGAUAAGGAUUUUAAGCCUGUUGAAAUACAAGGUUUAGCUAUUUUAUUAGUUCUAUGGUUCAGAUCUUCGUCUCAUGCUCAGAAGAAAGCUAAAAGCCUUCAGACAUCACCGGUUGGACUUGCGUUGUCAUGUUGUACAAUCGCUAUCAAUUCAAAUUGUGAAUUUAUUUGUAGAGAUCGUGAUACUGCUGCUGCUGGAGAUCAUGUCAGUUCUAUUCGCACACAUCUUGAUAAGUGUGCUGAUUUGGCCAAAUCAGUUUAUUACCAGGACAAUUCACCAUUCUUUUGUAUCGAGGACGUCCAUCAGCUUAAUGAAUUACAAAGUAUGGCCUCUGGAUUACAACAUUUAGUUGCACUGAUUGAGGUGCUUUGUCCGUUUUAUAACUCAAAUAGUAAUGAAUUUGAUACUUCACAUUUAAGAAAUCCUUUCAUAAGGUUUUAUCCACUUUGGAUGUUAUUUGCCAGUGGACGUCUUUUAUACUGGAUUAGUCGACUUUUACAAAAUGUUGAUCCGUCUGAGCGUUUUCAUCGAGUCAAAAAUCAUUGGCUUCCAAAGUUGCUCAUAAGAACCAAUUCUGUAAAUCAACAACAAUAUUGCGUCCAAAAAGAUUUUACCAAACUUUUCAACCUAAUUGAUAAGUUGAACUGAUAAUAUUGAUAGUUUCUAUUAUCAACUUGAGUAUUUGUUAUUUUUGAUAUAGACUGUCAUGUUUCAACUCAUUCACUUGCACACCUAUUUUCUUAAUAACUAUAAUCAUUAAAGUAUUUCAUCAAGUC